GACGUCAUGUUGUCCUACUUGUCAAGAGUUUAGAUGCCUCGAUUCUUUGUGAACGGUGCUAAUAUAAAUGUUUGUGUGUCGAAUUAUUCAAAAAAAUGCCCGCAUCUAUCGGUGUAAAUUUACGCGUCACGGGCCAUUGUAGCCGCGGUGGUCGCAAGUAUAUGGAAGAUUUUUUCACGGUUGCAUAUCAACAAUCGGAAGAUGAAAAAGAUUUGGAGUACGCUUUCAUUGGAAUUUAUGACGGCCACGGUGGAGCUGAAGCAGCUCGAUUCGCAAGAAAGCAUUUAAUCAACUUAAUAGUUAACCAGAAGCUGUUUUGGUCGGAAAAUGAUGAUGACAUCCUGAAGGCGAUACGAGAGGGCUACAUAGCCACCCACUAUGCGAUGUGGAGGGAACAAGAUAAGUGGCCAAAAACACAAACCGGACUGCCAAGUACUGCCGGAACAACAGCAAGUGUAGCAUUCAUUCGCCACGGGAAAAUUUACAUUGGACAUUGUGGCGAUUCAGGAAUUUGUCUCGGUUACACAGAAGACAAUGACAAAACGUGGCAAGCAAUGCCAUUGACGCAAGAUCACAAACCGGAAAGUAAUGUCGAGAAGGCACGAAUUAUCAAUUCUGGCGGUAAAGUUGUCAGCAAGUACGGUGUACCGCGUGUGGUCUGGAAUCGUCCAAGAUUAGGUCAUAAGGGACCAGUACGACGAAGCACUCCAAUCGACGAAAUUCCAUUUUUGGCAGUCGCUCGAAGUUUGGGUGACUUAUGGAGCUAUAACUCAGCCCUAAACGAGUUUGUUGUCAGCCCAGAUCCUGAUGUGCGUGUGGUCAAGAUAAAUCCGGAAAAAUUUCGCUGCUUAGUUUUCGGAACGGAUGGUCUGUGGAAUGUAAUCUCCGCCGAAACAGCUGUCAAAAUUGUUCACAAUGCCGAAAAAAUGAAUGAUCAACGAGCUAUGAAUGGUGCCGCAAAUGAAUGGACAAAUCCCAGCAAAUGUUUAGUGGACAAGGCACUGGAACGAUGGAGUACAACCAAAAUGCGAGCUGAUAAUACAUCCGUCGUCAUAAUAAUGCUGGAUCCACCGGGUCCACCGAAGCGAGAUGUUUUGAAAACAUGUCCGAGCCAAUUGAUCCUAGAGAACGAUGAAAUGGAUCAGCAACAGUUAACUGAAGAUAAGACAUUUGCAAUGCAUGAUUACUGUACCAAAGAAACGGUCGAAUUGAACAACAUACCGUCAAUGUUAAGUGGUGGCAUCAAUCGCUACGAAACAGUUGGAUAUGCGCAUGCAAGCACCAGUAGUAGCAUUGAUGUGAGCUACGCUAACAGUUUUGCCGAAUCGUACAACUCUUUGUUGAAUGCAAACAUGAAUAAUGAUCAUGCGUAUCACACGUAUCCGACCCAUGAACCCGAAACGCAUUCUUCCAACAGCGAUGACACGUACAGCCUUACUAAAUUAGAAACACGCAUGGAACAGAUCGCCAGCUCGAGUAGUCCUUCAAUGCUUUUCGCCGAAUAUCACCAACAUCAACAGAGAUACGAUGAACGCCAUCAGUACGACUGCAUCACAAGCAGUUUCCUAUCGCCAUCAUGUGAAAUACAUCCGAAUUUGGAAGAUUCCGUUCAGGCUGUCGUAAUGGACGUGGUGGAAACAGCUACAUAUCCAAUUGACGCUCACAGCUAUUCCAAUGAAAUCGACGCCAGUAUCGAAAUGAACGACGAUCUUUCAGAAUUUGAAAAUCAACCCGAAGCUUCUACAAGCUACGGAACAGAAGACGCAAAUUUAUGCUCACAGAUGCCUUCAACCAGUUCGAUUAUGCAUGACGAUUGUGUGACGAAUGGUACAACUGAUGUUACACCGCCAAUAGACGAAUCCAUUCAGAUAAACGAGAUUUCGUCGUCCAGCAAGGAAAAUGACGAGAAAUCGUCAAGUGCAUGCGAGGAGAAACUGACGCGGUCCAAGGCAAAGCAUAAGUUAAAUCAGGAGCGUCGCAUCACCCGGUCAAAUGUUCUGAAGCCAAAUGAUAAUGGCAUCGGAAAGCAUACGAAUCGGAGUGCAAUCAGUAAAACUUUGCGAACGAUCAGCAAGAAGCAAUUUAACGUUCAAAACGAAAAUGUGAUCAAUGUUCCGCCCCGGACACUACGCCGCGCCAACACAUCGGCCGUGGACACUAGCAAGCGAUCGCUUCGAUCCGACGACACGAUGGACAGCAAUAAAACGCUAUCGAAUAAAGUGAAAGCGACGACACCGCAACGAAAUCGUAAUUCGGUACAAUCGAUGGCAACGUCAUCAGUGCAGAACAUACCGUCGGAAACAUUACGAGAGAAAGUCAAACCAAAUCAACAAACUAAUGCGAAGCCAAAGAAUAUCAGCAAAUUUAAUGGAAAGAAAGUGGCGCUGAACGCACGGCAAACAACAGUCAGUAAGUUGCAAAGAAGUAGACGGUUGAACCGUUGAUUCCGUUUUCAUUUUGACAAGCAAACAAAAGUAUUGAAUUUUAGUUGAAGGUGUUUUUCUGUGUGAAAACACCAUUUGAACACACCUGUCAAAGACAUUGAAUUCCGCGUUUCCAUUUGUUACUGGCGAAAAAAAACGUUUUACCCAUUACCCUGACCAAAUUAUUAUGAAACCAAAAUGAAAUCCACAUUGAGCCCAAUAAAUUGACAUGACGAUGUCAGUCGAACUCGUUUGAAAUGAGAAAAAAAAAUGUUUCGCUCUCACGUGAUUCCUAAAGGUAUCUCGACACCUUAAUCCACUAAUAAAAUGAUCUCAUUCUUUCUCUACGAAUUGGAAUUUUCUGUAUUUUCUAUUCUAACCAUAAAUAAAUUGAAUCAGGAAUGAGAGCCGCCACCGACUAAAAACGGACUGGAAGGCCACUACAAACGUAACCAUCUAAUGGUAAUGGGUCCGCUAAGGCUGAAAAACGAACCGAAUCGGGCAUUUUGAUUGUAAGAGUUGUUGGGGCUCGUUUCCCACAAACAAUUCAUUUAACAUCCAUUUCAGUUUUCCUCUAGUGACGAUUUUAGGAUGAUCUGCGUAAACUCUUCUUUUGUUUGAACUUGUAGGAAGUGCCAAAUGACAGAGAUUGUUUAACACAGUUCCCGCAAGUUCUUUGUACAAAUCGAAUUUCCCCCUCAAAACACUUCCCCGUCGUAGCAGUCUAUGCAAAAUACUGAUUCUAAAACCAUCGCGGACGAUGCCGACAGCUCACUCCUUCGCCCGUUAUGUAACUUUCGCUUCAAUGCAUUUUCGUUCUCAAAUGUUCAAAGCUCUUAAGCGUAAUUUUCUUAGAUGUUCCCAAUCUUAAUGAUUAAAAUCCAUUACGAUCUCUUUUUCAAUCAUACAAAUCAAGAGAAGCCGUCGGUUUCUGAACCUUUUGAGAAACGGAUCGAAUUUCAGUUCAGCAAAACAAAAGAAGUUAUGUGUAUUAAGAAAGGAGAUUCCAUUUAGAUUGAAUUUUUUUUUUCUUCAAAUUUUCAUCAUUUUGCUCGUUACUCCAGUUACACAAAGGACGCGAAGGUGACCUAAUUCAAUUUUUUCCUUUGUUUUACUGUCAAAUGUGACAGUAGAACAAAAGAAAAAAAUCCACGUCAAUUGUCUAUUUAUUCCAUCAGUUCCACUGUCUAUGUCGGUCAUUUUAGUUCUGUACAACGUUUCACUUAAUUACUUAAUUCUCAAGUACAAACAUAAUUUAAAACAAUUAACUUUAUCGUUUGCUGGGCUUUCUUAAAGUACUCAUAGUUCAAACGAUACGAAAAUAUAUAUCAAAUCCAUCGCAAUAUUGAAUAGAAAACUCAGCUAAAAGAAAUUCGACAGUCGCUAAAAUGUUAAGUUUGAUUGAUUAACAGAUUAUUUUGAUAAAAUUUUUAAUUUAAUGUAAAAAGAGAUGAUGAUACAAACUUAAUGAGUGCCUUGGGUUACCAUUACUGUAAUUGAAUAAACAAAAAUCUACUUAAAUAAAUCGAAAAUCGAAAGAUUGGUAGAGAUUUAAAGAAGUGAAUGAGAAAUUUUUUAAGGAA